AUGGCCACCAUAUCUUCAUUACACCCUGUACCGUCUCGGUUGCAGGAGCCUGCGCCAAUUUCCAUAAAGUUAAACGCAGAAAUCAUAAACCAACUCAAACAGUGCAAAAGUUCGGGAAUAAAAGCCAAGUUAAUAGUGAAAGAUGGUCAGUAUCUGAUUAAAAUCGACAAAUCAGAGUACCCUUGUUCGGCAUUGCCUGAAACUUCGAGAAUUGACGUCUAUGAUGGCGGUGCAGACUACGACUUGGAUUACAAGUUUAAGGGCAGAAUACUGACGAGGCUAAAUGUGUUGACAGAUCCGAAAAUGAUUAAGGAAUACUUCAAAAGGCCACCAACCUCGACAUCGAGUCACUUCAAUACGCCAAUACCCACUCCUACAUCUACCCCUACACCCAAAUUGGGCCCUGGCUCGUCAGUUUUAACCGCGCCGAACACGGUUAAGCAGCUCAACACUACUUCCCCAACUCUUUAUGCAUCUAACGAGGACGGAUUAUCCAAGUUUUUAUACUUUGCAGCAUUGGGCCCAGUAUCCAUUAAGACUCUCUGUCAAAGCUUGAAACUUUCUGAAAAGGAAGUCUCGUCAUUCUUAUCGCAAUAUUCACAAGUGUAUAACCCCAACGAUUCAUUUAUAAUUGACGACAUAUUUUCGAGAAACGAAGGCGAAAACGGCUCCCAGACGUCCUACAUUUUGAAAGAUAAGAGUUACAAGGAGUUAAAGCCAUGGGAUUGGGCUUAUUAUACAGAUGAUGAGCGUUCAUUAAUCAUACACAACAUCCACAAUGCAUUAACGCGGUUAGGGUUUCUGGAAACUCAUCCAUUGAGGAGGAAAUUGACUGAAAGAAGAAGUUCAUCGGUUGAGGCGGACGAUGAUAGCAACAGUCCGAUUAAGAAAUCAUCCUCAUUGGGAGGUGGAAUGUUAAAGCAGAGAAAAGUAUCUCCAGUCAAGAGAUCACAAACCAGCAGCCCUAGACCACCAGUCACACAAGCUGAAAGCACAAAUAAUAACAAUAAUAGUAAUAAUAAUGAAAAUAAUAAUGAUAAUAGUAUUGAGCAUACUAACAGCAACGGCAAUAAUAGCACCAGUUUUAGCAAAAACAGCAAUGUUUCACCUUUGAAAGAGAAAGCAUUCAAGAGAAAGCUAUCACUCUCAUCUGCAUCUUCUUCAGACGAUGAGAAGCCGCUAGGAAGUGUUAUCGCUUCCGACAAAAACAGUAGCGUUGGAUAUAAGAGAAGGAGAACAGUUGGCAGAGGCCGGACUAGUAGUAACAGCAGUAGUGGUAGUGGCGGAAGCUCCACCAGCAUGAAUUCCAUUGGGAAUGGAGGGGAUAACUAUACAUCACCAUCUUCAAUUAACGAAGAACUGGAGAAUGAACCAUCACCGCCAGCAAUACCGCAACUCUCAUCUACACCUGCCAGACUACAAACGGCUAACUCAUCCACGCAACUCUUUUCAUUUCAAGAGCCUUCCAAAGAGCAGAAAAAAUUACAAUUUUAUAACAAUUUAGCAUUAAAGUUUAAGGUCAGAUACAAAGAAUACGAGGAAUUAUACAAGACUUUACAACUAACAUCAUCAUCAUCAUCGACGUUGUCGGCGUCAACACCAACUAUCAAUGGGAACUCGGAUAAGAAAAGGAACAUUACAAAGUUAUUUGAAUUACACAACCAGUUAGCAGAAUGGAAGAGGAAGCUUUGGGACUUUGAUAAUGAGAGUAAGACCAAGCUGAAGAUAAUGACACUACAAAAACACAAGAAGAAUUUGAGCGAUGGCACUGGCAAAAGUCAAAGUCUCAGUCCAUCUAUACCGCAGUCUCAAAUUGUAAGCAGUCACACUUCAGUUCCAGUACAAAUGAAAAAGAGAGCAGAGCCUCCUAAGCUCCCCAUGAAACCAACUGCGUUCAACAGGUCACUAGAUUACUAG